AUUAUCGUUUUCGUUUGUGAAAAUGACUCUUGUUGGUCUUCUAGCGAGAGUGAGGCUCAUAGAUUUCGGCCAUUGUAGAAGAGCAGCAGCUACAAGAUUCAACAGUGGGUAUAUUGCAAACUCCAGCGGGAAAAACACUUACACAACCAGUAUUAGAGAGAUGGUGACGUUGGUUGUGGCCACCACCGUCGACCCAGCAUCCGUCGGCCCGGCCUCCGCCCUCUUGUCAAUGCCCGGCUGGCAGCCUGGCCCUUCACUCCAGGGUAUCUCAAGUUUUGUGAACAAGGAAGUGAGGCUGUUGAAGCAUGAUAGAAGUAUUGUACGAGAGGAUCACUUGGACAGGAGAUGGGAGGAGGCCACUGGUGAGGUCGUUAAUGAGGUUAUUUUCCUUAGUAGGCACACAGCGGUCUCCAAUCGUCCUGCGCUUACAAUCCAUCCUAUUGGAGUACCCCAUCUACAAGUAGGGGAUGUACCACCAGCUGGUGGGAAGCCUGGAUGGGCUGCACCGCCUAAUCCACGUAUAGGACCGUGGCUCAGGCUGUUGAAAUCUAUUGCUGAAUCACAUAAUCUGAUUCCUGAAUUUGAGAUCACAUUGGAAGCAACUCAUCAUGGCCCGGAAAUUCACUCACCUACUAUGUUUGUAGAGAUUGGUAGUACAGAAGAAUACUGGAAGAGGCAGGAUGCUGCACAAGCCAUUGCUUUACUUGUAUGGGAAGGACUAGGGCUUGGAGAAGGAACUGCAGUAGGAGACUGGAGCAGGAACGCUGGACAAAACAAAGUUCUCCUUGGAAUUGGUGGUGGACAUUAUGUACCAAGGCAUAUGGAUAUCGUCCUAAAAGAUGGUGUUUGGGUAGGCCACCUUCUUUCAGGAUAUUCAUUGCCAAUGGUGGAUCCAGGUCAAUCAAAAUCCCACAAAGGCAUGCAAGGUGUGGGGGGGACCUGGAAAGAAGCAAUCAAAGUUUCAUUUGAGACAACAAAAGAAGCUUUUCCAGGGGGAGAAGUUCUGGCUCAUCUGGACCACAAGAGUUUCAAAAGUUGGCAGAAAAAUGCAAUUAUUGGAUUCCUAGCAGAGCAGGGCAUACAAAUCGGCAAGCCCGGUGACUUCUGCUAAAAAUUGCUGACUGCAAAUUGCUUUUGCCCAGUUGCCUUAUUGUUUUGAACAUUGGAUAAAACCUCACUUUAGCAUCGCGGGAUCUCAUUUCUGCCUCAUUAAGCCACAAUUGAAGGAUGUUGCUCCUAUUAUCAUGAACGACUCUUCAGAUUCAAGAAACAUCAUGUCCUAGUACUUCUAUAUUCAUUCUUUUAUCUUUGUAAUUGGCUUCCGUGGUUUUUGUUAUCUGGUCACACGUAAGUGAUGAACCUGGUUGAUUUAUGUAUUGAUAAUACUGUGGUA